UUUGGUCUCUUGUGGAGAGUUGUCUCAUUGGUAAUCAUAUCACAACUUUUUUUUCAUAAGCUACAAGUUGAUUGGACUUCAACUUCAUCAAAAUCUACUUUGACCAAAAAAUUUAACAUAAAGUAAGAUAAACGGAAGAACCAACCAACGACCGGACAUAGAGAGAGCAACGUUUUCGUCGAAGUUAACGACUGCGCAGAAGAAUAAUUGUCGACGACGUCAUUAUCAUUACCGCUGACAACGUCGAAGUUUCGCUGAUGUCUGCAGGACUAAUUCUUAGACUUCUAAUAAGACAAAAUAUAAAAAUGACAGACGAGGACAAAAGAGAGCAACAUACUUUGUAUUUCUACAACGCGCUUCUAAGGGAAGCUGUUUUUGAGUGUUUACUUGAGGAGUGGAAAAACAUAGAGACUGACAAAAGGACAGCUUUAAAGAAGGAAAUGGUAGACACGGAUAGUGUGAAUAGCGAAAACGAAGAGAAUAAAAUGAGGAUCUUACAAGAAUGGAAAAAGAAGGAGAAUGAUACGAUCGCAGAAGAAAACCCGACAAAAACAGGGCCUGUUAUUACAAAGAUAUACUACCAGAAGAUCGCAGAAAACCCAUUUAAGCAUGCGGAAGGAUAUGUUUAUCAGAAUCCAGAAAAGCAGAACGCUAAAGGCAAACCCAAGAAGAAAAGAGAAAUAAGGAGGGAAGAAAAAAGAAGGCUGACGAGAACCAGAGAGGAAGAAAAGACGAUAAAGGAACAAUUCGAAGCAAUAGACACACUGAUGGAAAACUAUUCAAGGGAGGUUAGAAUUCAGUGGAAAAAAGAACUGAAGAGAGAACAGAUGACAAAGAUGAGUUGGAGAGAGAGAAGACGACAAUUAGAGAAAGGAAUGAAAACAAAUAAAGAAGAAAAGGAAAAAGUACAAAUCAAAAUGUUGAUAAAUGAUAUCAGGAACAUAGAUAUAUUAGAUAUGCUGUUCCCAGAUGAUAUCGAUAUGGAAAAGGAAGAAGAGAAAGAAGAAAGUAAAGAAACACAAACAAAUAUCAAUGUCAAAAUCGAUGAACAAAGAGAAGAAAAGAAGAAAACAGUUACAGAAAGAAUUCGCUCAUUUUUCAUGUCACUGUGUUGUAUUAAAGGACAGUAAAAAGAUAUGUUAUUUAUAUAAAAAAAGA